AUGCCUUGGAGCAGAGUGUUGUACCUUCAGCAGCCUUUCGAAGACAACUACGUGGACGAUUCCUUCUUGGAUUCCCUGGUGCUGAAUGCCAAUGUUACUUCCUACAAGUUGCAGACGCUUUGUUGCAGCACAGCAUCAAUUCUGCGGCAGCUGUGCCUAGUUGUCAUCUUUGUCAAUGUUUGGUGGAAGGUGCAGCUCAACAACGACUUUCGAUUGCUUGCGGCAGUCGGAGUGAUGUUGUUUUGCUGCAAUGUCUGCCAGCACACCAAUAAACCACUUGUGCGUCUCGGGGAAGUUAUGUUGCAAAUUCCGCAGACUUGCACCAUCAUCUUUCCGCUGGGAGUUCUCGCACCUUUUCUCCAAGCCUUGACACGCAGCUGGAGUGAUGACACAAUCGGCACGAUUGCCACCGUCCUGCUCGUUUUGCAUGUGGUCCUCUACGAUUAUGCGGAUACAUCUUCGGCAGAAUCAACUUGGUCAGGUCUGCAUGAGGAAGAAACAUCGGCAGUCUUUCUGUGGGCCUGA